CCGUCCGGCAUUUUGAGCAAUUGAGCAAUCUAUACCUUUUUCAUCCGCUGUCAUUCACGUCAUGGUGUCCAAUACACCUUCUUUGCCAACAGACCCAAAUAUUGCACAAGCGACGCAAGCAGUUUCUGGCCAAAAUGCUAGUGCCGAGGGUGCAAAAUACUCCAUUUUCGACAACAUUCUCAAACCCGACCAAGAUGAUAGAGGAUACCGCAUGCUCACACUUGAAAACAACCUCCAAGCUUUAUUGAUAUCUGACCCACAUACGGACAAGUCUUCUGCGGCGCUGGAUGUUCAUGUGGGCCAUCUAUGUGAUCCUGACGAUGUGGCUGGGUUGGCGCAUUUUUGCGAACACUUGCUCUUCAUGGGUACAGAGAAGUAUCCAGUGGAAAACGAUUACAAUCAAUAUCUUUCUGAACAUGGUGGAUAUUCAAACGCAUUCACAUCUGUUGAGAACACAAAUUAUUAUUUCGAGGUUACAUCCGAUCACUUUGAAGGCGCCCUGGAUCGAUUCGCUCAGUUCUUCAUCAGCCCCUUAUUCUCCGAAUCUUGCACUGAGCGUGAAAUGAAUGCGGUCGACUCGGAGCACAAAAAGAAUCUGCAUUCCGAUAACUGGCGAGUUUAUCAACUUGAGAAAGACUUGUCGAACGAAAAACAUCCUUACCGCAAGUUUGGAACCGGCAAUCUGGAGACUCUACGAGACAUCCCCGCGUCAAAAGGCCUCGACAUCCGCAAAAUAUUGCUAGACUUCCACAGCAAGUAUUACAGCUCCAAUAUAAUGAAGCUCGUAUUGUUGGGAAAAGAGCCCCUGGAUCAGCUAGCUGAAUGGGCUGUUGAGAAAUUUUCCGCGGUGCAAAACAAGGCCAUUGACGUACCGUCCUUUGAAGGACAUCCACUCACUGCUGCGGAACUAGGGAAACAAGUGCUGAUCAAACCAGUAAAGGAACUACGUCAUCUUGAAUUGACAUUCCCAUUUCCUGAUACCCAGCCGUACUACAAAGUCCAACCAAGUAAGUACCUAGCCCAUCUGAUCGGACAUGAGGGUGAAGGGUCACUUCUCUCCCUGCUCAAGAAGAAAGGUUGGGCUUUGGCGCUGUCCGCUGGAGUCACCCAUGGUGGCAUCAAUUUUGACUUUUUCAAGGUCUCGAUAGACCUUACCUUGUCUGGCGUCGAACAUUACGAGGAAAUUGUCCCAAUCGUCUUCCAGUAUAUCAACAUGGUGGUGAAAGAUGGGGUCCAACCUUGGAUUUACCACGAGUGCAAGCAAUUGGCGGAAAUGACAUUUCGCUUUAAAGAAAAGUCCCCUCCGGCAUCCUACGCGUCUCGUGUUGCUGGAAACAUGCACAGAUACGAUGCUCCAGACAUUUUGUCGGGUCCCUAUUUGAUGCAUCAGUACGACGCAGAGAAAGUUCGCAUGUGUCUUAGUUACCUGCGACCAGACAAUUUCCGUUUGACUGUGGUAUCUCCGCAUCAUGACACUACUAAUUUCUCAAAAGCGCAGUGGUACGGGACUGAGUAUACAGUCGAAGACUUCAGUGAAAGCUUGAAGCAGGCACUGGCCAAUAUCGGUCACAAUGCUGAACUGCAUUUACCAAGCCGAAACGAGUUCAUUCCUGAGAAGUUUGAUGUGCGACGCUUUGAUGUUGAAGAGAAAAUGCGAUCUGCGCACAUCAUCAAGGAGACGCCUCUUACCCGAAUGUGGCAUAAGAAAGACGACACGUUUUGGGUUCCCAAGGCAAAUCUCUGGUUCCAAUUGAAGAGCCCGUUGUCCUAUGUCUCACCGCUAAGCUGCACGCUGUCGAGACUCUAUACUGACCUUCUCAAGGACGCACUUAAUGAAUUUUCUUACUACGCGGAAGUUGCGGGACUAUCAUAUAGUUUGGACAACAACACGGACGGCAUGGUGCUCGUUUUGGCGGGUUACAAUGAUAAGCUCCCGACGCUAUUAACGAAGAUUGUGGAAAAAAUGAAGAAUCUCAAGGCUGAUCCUGAACGAUUCAAAUUCAUUAGUGAACAAGUGUGCAGAUCGUACAAAAACUGGGCAAUGGAAUCACCACAUCAGCAUGCAAUCUACUAUGUCAGCUACUUGACGCAAGAGAAAUUGUGGACACAUGAGGAAAAGCUUGUUGAACUUUAUGGCAUCACGCCUCAGCAAGUGGAAGAAUUCUACCCGCAUCUGCUUGAACAAAUGCACAUUGAAGGGUUGGUGCAUGGAAAUGUUGAAGAAGAGGAAGCACUAAAGUUGGUGUCCAUUGUCGAAGACGCAUUCCAUCCAAAGGCCCUUCCACUAUUCCAGCGCGCACAGACCAUGCGCACGCAGCUUCUAGUUCCUGGCAUAUCAUAUAUACAUGUGCGUGAUGUUCCAAACGCCGACAAUGUCAAUUCCGCCAUCGAGUAUUACAUUCAGGUGGGCGAUUUCACCGAUGCAGAACUACGAGCAAAGCUGAACUUGUUCAGUCAAAUUGCGCAUGAGCCCGCGUUUGACCAGCUCAGAACAAAAGAGCAGCUUGGUUACAUGGUGUUUAGCGGUCUACGCAAGUCGACGGGAAUAAUGGGAUUCAGGGUGAUCAUUCAAAGCGAAAAAGACCCAGCGUACCUCGAGAGCAGGAUAAACUCGUUUUUGGCAUCUAUGCGGUCUGUCAUUAGCAAACUGACAGCAGAUGAAUAUGCAAAGCAUCAAGCAGCCCUAGCCGCGCGAAUGUUGGAGAAAGAUAAGAACUUGGGACAAGAGUCACACCGUUUGUGGACUCAUGUUUCUUCGCGGUACUACAAUUUUGAGCAGCACAUUGAAGAUGCUGAUUUGGUCAAAUGUGUCACCCAAGACAGCCUGCUAGAGUUUUAUGAUACAUAUAUUGCUCUCUCUGCUCCUGAACGACGGAAACUCAGUGUCCAUGUACGCAGCCAAAAAAGCGGCUCCCCAGCGGACGAAGACGCCCAGGCCAUUCUCGACGACCCCAGGAAUAUCCUCAUCAUAACAGACGAGGAAGUAGCAGAAAUCAAAGCUGGAUGGGAAUUGAGCAAGGGAGCAGUGCCUGUUCAAAAGAUUGAAGAAUACAUGUCCAAGAAGGGGUGAGUAGUGAGUAGGGAUGUUGGGAGCAUUUGAGAGAUAGAUGCUGUCAGUCGAAAAGAUAGAAGGGGACAAAAAAAAGAAUUGGCCAUUUGCUAAUUUUUUUAAAACUGUGUGUGUUAAGUGCCAGUCGGGUUCCGGUCGUGUCCCAAACUCCCAAGUUGUGAUUUUUUUGUUUCAAGUACAUGUCAGGCAGCGAAUAUCCGUUCAACUAUGUAAUGCUUAAUGAUCAUCAUUAACCUAUCUACAAGAAUGCUAUAUACAACUCUAC